AUUUGAUGUUAUUUACUGACGUGUCUAUCGAUAUCGUGUCGUCUAUUCCAAUUUCAAGUAACUAAUUAGUAAUCUGUGGUCUAUUCAUCUGAAUGUAAAUAAAAAUUGCAUUUUAAUUAAUAAUUAAAUUGUAAUACAUAGAUAAACCAUCAAAAUGAUCACUGAUAUCCAGUUAGCUGUGUUCUCCAACAUUCUGGGCGUAUCCAUAUUUUUGCUGGUUAUUCUAUAUCACUACAUAAAUGCAAACAGUUCUAAAUAAGAUCACAAAUAUGGUGUUCUCUCAAUAUUACAAUUUACCUAAAUGUUAAUUAAUCUUAUUUAAUAUAAUAAGUGUCUCAAUAAUAUGAGUUAAUAAACUAAUUGUAUCUA